AUGGACUCUUCAAAUAGUUCUGUUCAAUCAUCCCCAAAUUUAUCACCAACUACUUCCUUGGUCGAUUCAUUGACAUCACUAAAAACUGAAGAACAUAAUGAAUUAUACGAUCAUAGACAGCAUCCAGAUUUCACUUUGAAUAAUAAUCACCAUGAUCAAGCGAGUUUAGACCUCAAGAACACGAGAUCUCCAAACAAUAACAAUGACGAUGAUUCACAUUCUAGUACUCCUCCAAGUCAACGUAGAAUGGCUCUAGACGAUGCAGAUCCUGUUAUUCAAGCUGCUGCUGCCGCAACAAUAACUGAAAAUACACCAUCCACACCAGCAAACUCUGCCGCCCCAAUAUUACAACAUCAUCGUUCUACACAAGAUGUAAAUGUGAAAUACAACAAUACUAAUAGUACAAACAACAAUGCCUCUUUACCACUGCCACGUAGACUUUCUAAAGCACAAUCACUACACUCUAGAACCGCAAGACAAAGAGCAAAUUCCACUGUCUCAUCUUCAGCGGUCUCUAAUAUGAAAACGUUGUCGGAUAAAUCAUCAGAGAUCAACCUAGAUAACACCAAUAUGAAUGGUCAAAGAAGAAGAACCUCGUUCGAUAGUGACAGCUCACAAGCAUCCAGAGAAUCGCAAGAGACUGAAGAAGAUGUUUGUUUCCCCAUGGAACCACAAUAUCAUACCAGAAUUAAUGGUAUUGAUUUUGAUGAAUUAGAGGAAUUUGUACAACAAUCUUUGGAAAAAAAUAGUCAUUUGAUAAACAAAUACUAUUACAAUAAUGUUAAUAAUGAUGCGAUCGCAACUAGUAUUUCGAGUGGUAGUAAUAGCAACAGUUCUGCAGCAAAAUUAAAAUAUACUCCAAGAUUAUCCCAUGAUACAACUACAUCAACUUCAUCUCAACCAAAUUUGGGUGUCUCGUUUGCGAACAAUAAAGUUGAAGGUGAGGAUGCCUCAGUUCCAGCUAAUUUUGGUGACCAGUCAAAUGGUUUUGCCUCGAUUCCAAUCCCUGAUAGAUUUUCAUUUUUUUCCUCAGAUUCGGAUGAAACCGUCCAUGCUACUGAUAUACCUUCUUUAGUAUCUGAUGGGACAUCCUUUUAUGACCUCUUUAGAGGUGGUGAACCAACGUGGUGGUUAGACUGUAGUUGUCCAACUGAUGAUGAAAUGCGUUGCAUUGCAAAAGCAUUUGGUAUUCAUCCUUUGACAGCAGAAGAUAUCAGAAUGCAAGAAACUAGAGAGAAAGUUGAAUUAUUCAAAUCCUAUUAUUUUGUUUGUUUCCAUACCUUUGAAAACGAUAAAGAAUCUGAAGAAUUCUUAGAACCAAUUAAUGUCUACUUAGUCGUCUUCAGUACCGGUAUCUUAACCUUCCAUUUUGGUCCAAUUUCACAUUCGGCUAAUGUUAGAAGACGUGUAAGACAACUUAGAGACUAUGUUAAUGUUAAUUCUGACUGGUUAUGUUAUGCUCUUAUUGAUGACAUUACCGAUAGCUUCGCCCCAGUAAUUCAAUCAAUUGAGUAUGAAGCAGAUGCUAUAGAAGAUUCUGUCUUUCUAGCCAGAGACAUAGACCUUUCACUUAUGUUACAAAAGAUUGGUGAAGGUAGACGUAAGACAAUGACUUUAAUGAGACUUCUAAGCGGUAAAGCGGAUGUUAUUAAAAUGUUCGCAAAAAGAUGUCAAGAUGAAGCAAAUGGUAUUGGACCAGCUUUAACUUCUCAAAUAAAUAUUGCAAAUUUACAAGCUACUUUAAACAAUACCAACAAUAAUAGUAGCAAUUUGACUAAUAACAGCUAUUACGUUCCACCAAAUAGGGCACAACCAAGAGCAGAUAUUGCCAUGUAUCUUGGUGAUAUUCAAGAUCAUUUGCUCACUAUGUUUCAAAAUUUGAGUGCUUAUGAAAAAAUUUUCGCAAGAUCACAUUCCAAUUAUUUAGCGCAAUUACAACUAGAAUCUUUCAAUGCUAAUCAUAGAGUUACUGAAAUGCUAGGUAAGGUGACAAUCAUUGGUACUAUGUUAGUUCCACUAAAUGUUAUUACAGGCCUUUUUGGUAUGAAUGUCACCGUGCCUGGUCAAGAUAAGGGCAACCUCGCAUGGUGGUUUGGUAUUUUGGGUGUUUUGCUAUUCUUAGCCUUUGUUGGUUGGUUGGCUGCAACUUGGUGGAUUUCAUCUACAGAAAAUCCAACCACUUUGAAUGAAGCUGCUGAAAGUGGUGCAAAAUCAAUAAUUACAAAAGUCCUACCAAGAAGAAGGGCAGGUGACAAUAGUAGUAAUAACAACCGCCCACGUUCGAUUGCAAGUUUAGCAACUAAAUAUACUCGUUAUGAUUGA